AUGAAGUACUCUGAGGGCGGCGUUGCCUUGGAUGAAGGCACACUUUGGGCGAUGAACUCGUACUUCAGAUCUUUGCCGAUUACUAUGCUGACUCUCUUCAUGAGCAUUGCUGGUGGCGUGGAUUGGGAGGACCCCCUUCUCGCAGUCUCAGCCGUGUCCCCGUGGUGGACUUUGCUCUUCUUGUUUUACAUCUCCUUCACCUACUUUGCGGUUCUCAAUGUGGUGACGGCGGUGUUCUGUCAAAGUGCUAUUGAAGCUGCCUCCAAUGAUCAUGCCACAGCCGUCCAAAAAAUGGUGGACAACAAGGAAGUGCAUUUGCAGAAACUUCGGGCACUCUUCAGCGAGCUCGGGGAUGAGUCCACUGGGGCCAUCACCUUCGGCGUCUUCGAGGAGAAGAUGCGAAGUCCGGCGGUGCGGAACUACUUCGAGACGUUGGGCCUCGACGUUUGGGACCCCUGGAGUUUUUUCAAGUUGCUUGACUCUGAUGGAGGAGGCUCGGUCGAAAGAGAGGAGUUUUUUAUGGGAUGCUUACGCUUCAGCGGUCAAGCGCGUGCAAUGGACGUGGGGAAGAUCAUUCAGGACCAAUCCUGGAUCUUAAGGAACCAGGGACGAUUCCAGAGCUACAUGGAAACAGAACUCCGCAAGCUGCGAGAGGACAUGAAGCCUGGAUUUCAGUGCAAAUGGUGCUCUAGGCAGAUCUGA